AUGUAUGAAACUCAGCUUGCUACCUCAGAAGUGCUGGUAGAGAUUCACUAUGGCAAAGUGCAAAUGCAGGAAAUGCGGCAUGAAUGUAUGUUGGGUGUUGACGGCGGAGCACCCAUUGAGGGUGGUCUGCAGUCUUCUACCAACACAGAAGUAUAUGAAUCAGGUGAAGGAGUCACUGUAGAGCGUUUAUACCUUUCGUAUCUGGACAGUGUCCAUUUCUUCCGGCCAAAGCAGUUGCGUACUCAAGUGUAUUAUGAGCUGCUUAUCGCCUAUAAGGACUAUGUAGCAAAGCGAGGCUUUGUCGCUGUUAACCUUUGGGCAUGCCCUCCUGGGAAAAACCAAGACUAUAUUUUCAACUGUCAUCCACCUGGGCAAAGGAUACUCACACAACAGCUUCUAAUACCGUGGUACAAGACAAUGCUGGACAUUGCAGUUGCUCGAAAAGUUGUUAUCAAGUUUCGCGAUAUUCACCAGUCUACACUUCAAGAUCAAGUCAGCGUACCGACCGGUAUGCCAUACUUUGAGGGUGAUUCCUGGCCUAAAGUGUGUGAGAAGAUCGCCCAGGAGGAAAAAGCGGAGAAGAUCGCAGCUGAGGCCGAGAAGAAUGGCAAGAAGGGAUGCUCCCAGCCUCAGUACGGCCGAAAGAAGAAGAGCAAGCCGGCACCGGCACGGAAGAGAAAAGAUUUCGCUGCGCGUGUCCUGACCCGGCUUGAGAAGGAUAAAAGUGCAUUCUUCACCAUCACGCUGAUUUCUUCAGAAAAGGUUGCCAACCUUAAACCCAUGCAGGAGGAUGUGGCCGAGCAGCAAAGCAGCAAUGUGAUGGAGAGUCGGGAUUCAAUUCUUGCGUACUUUCGUAAGAAUCAUCUCGAGUUUACAACUUUGCGGCACGCGCAGUACGCUACACUGUGCAUGCUCAUCGAGCUGCAAAGCCAGUGCAAUGUAAUCGGCUACCGCUGCAAUACCUGCAUGGCUGAAAUUAUUGGAAGUCGUUUCCAUUGCCCAGUGUGUGACGUAAGAUUAUGA